AUGGAUCGGGAGACAUCGCUUGUGGACCGGGUGGUCAUCUUGGAGCGACAAGUUGGAAUGUUUGAUCGGUUGGUCCAUAUGUUGACCAGUAAGUUGGAGAACCAGCAGAAACGGUACGAUGAUAUUGUUGUAGCCCAACAACAGCAGAUUAGUGACUUGAACACUGUAAUUUCCACAUUGGUGAACGAGCACCAUAGUCAUGCAGAAGUGCUGAGAGAAAAGUUGUUAGGUGCUCUUCACGGAGUCUCGUCGACAGCUGCUUCUGUAAGUGGUACGAUUAGGUACAGUAGCAGUCGUGGACUGGAGCCUGAGAAUUUCUUUGGAGAAAUGCUGAAUAACGAGAAUAAUGGGAAACAGGAUGGUGGGGGCCGGGGGCCCUAUGACCAGCAUUUUGACGCGAAUGCGAACAACGAGGCUGGUGGUGAGCCUCAUGGGAAUAGUGGUAAGACUAGUGUAAAUGAUAAUCCAGCAGUUGUUUCUGGACCCGACGAGAGGCAGUUUAGCCAAUCGCUUAUCGGAUAUGAAGAGUUUAGUCAACUCAACAAUCCUCGCACGCACGAGAGGUCCUUAUACCACGAUCAAGGUAACCAAGUGGCCCCCGUGGUGAGCAGUGAACGUCAUCAACAACCACCAGAUCCUAAUACUGAGAUCGAUUCGGGUCUACCGGAUGAACAGUAUUUGAAUAUUGCUGGACGUAAGCGGAAGAGAAGUAUAUUUAUGGGCAAUUUCCAAUUCUUGAAGUCCCCACACUCGGUGAUGGAAGUCUGGCAAGAAUAUACAGAAGGUAUCAAUGGACAACCGUCCAUCAAGGAGAUGGAAUCGCUAUACCUGACAGGUUGGAGAAGAGAUCCAGCAGUGAAUAAGAGAUAUUCACGCCGAAGAGUACUUUGCAAAGCGAUCGAGACAGGUUUGAACAAAUNNNGAUAUUCCUUGCAGGACACAGUGAAUUUACUCGAAGAAUGUAGAAUCAUCGACCGCGAAAAAGGACUCAAACAACCGAUCGGGUGGUUGUGUCAGGGACAUAGUAUUCCAGACGCACUUCGAUGA